UUGAACACAUUCAGUUAAAUCAAACUUAUUUUUCAAAAGCAUGAAAUUUGAAAAGAACUGUCUUUGGUGCUUCAGUCUAGGUUGCGUAAAUAAAGACCUUUUCAAUUUCUUUACGAAUGAAGUCUUGAUAGAUUUUAAGGUUCUUUGUGCGUGUGAACAGAGCAUUUUAUUUCUCUGUAUAACAAGACAAUUUCCUUUGGCAACGCCAACCACACUGACAAAAAUUCUCCCACUCAGAGGUUUAAAUCUUUUUUAACAUUUCUUAUGGGGUAAAUAAUGUGAAAAAAACAUUCCUGUGAUUUCUCAAUCCUAAAGCAUUUGCUGAAACUGUUUAGAAAGAUCUUGGACAAGAUGUAAGGAUGUAAAAAAUCCUUAGCCUAGUAUACCUGAUGUGAUACCAACACUACUGUGUAAAAAUGAAGAAGAAACCGAUGGAUUAUUUUACAUUCAGUUGAUUGAACAAAAAGAAAAAAUAGGAGACAAGUUUUUAAUCAAAAUAUUCAAAAGAUGGCAGAUGGCACGUACAGAUGCCAUGACUGUCACAUGACUUUCGGGACUCUGAAUUUACUUCAGAAGCACAAGCAGAAGUUUUGUGUGGGAGGAUCCGUCGGAGACCCAGACAGUUUACGACUCAGGAAGGGGCUGCGGUCCGAUGAUGACCCCAUAGCGAGGCCUUAUUCUCCAGAGGAGAAGCCUUUAUCAGGAGGAAAGAAACUAGAGGACAAGGUACGCCAACUUCAAGUUUUAAAAGCCCAACGGGAAAAACGUCGAGAUAUUCGGAACUUGCAAGAAAGAAUUCUGUUGGAUACCUUAGAGGAUACACAUGUGCAGUUGGGUUAUGGUCCCUCACAAAGAAGUGUUAGCAGGCUUCCUCUAUCCAAGGACAAAGAUGUUAAACGACUGCAGUUAGAGUAUGAGAUGUUAAGAGAAAAGGAGCUUCAACAGCAAACAAAAAUACCGGUGGGAUAUGAGAGGGGGAUUUCUCCAAUGUUACGGGAGUCACGGCUAGACAACUACUCCCCAAUGUCUGACUCCAGUAUGAGCAUCCAUCUCCCAGACGAUGAAUAUCAGAAGUAUAAUCCAGACCAAGAUCAACAAAUAAAGCAGUUAGCUGAGAAUCAUGGGAGACAAAUGGAGUAUCUACAGCUCCGCAAUCAAGACCUGGAGAAACAGCGGCAAGAUAUACAGAGGAGAUUGGGAGAACUUGGAAAUAAAGGUCGGCCGACAGGAGGGGAGGACUCUGCCCAGCUAUUGGCCGAGCUGCGGGCACAGGAAGAGCGGAACCAGAGGGCGCUGGAUGACCUGAAACGCCAGCUUUACGACAUUAACCACCAACGGAUCAACGUCAUAGAGGUGGAUAAAGGUCAACCAGCACCCCUCCCCCCUCCCCCGCCACCAGUAGAGACGGGACGGAAGUCCUACAUCUAUCCUAUAUACUAUGGAAACUCCAUGGUAGCCGAAAUCAGUGCCAUAAGACAAGCAUAUCUACAGAACGGUGGUAACGACCCCGACAUCCUCCACCAGAUGGCGCAAAUGCAAGCGGAGGCGCAAAACAUUGAGGACCAGAUGAAAAAGCAUGGAUAUGAUCGCAGACACAGAGAGAAGAAAGACCCAGGCCAGAUAACUCAACUGGAAUUAGAAAAUGAGCGACUCCAUCGAGAGCUGAUGCUAUUACAAGAGCAGAACUUUUUAGCUCGUGAACGGAAGAAAAGUGAUAGAGAAGAAGAACUUGAGCGCCAGCUGAGGCAACUGAGGGAGGACCAGUUAAGGAAAAUGUACGAACUACAGAAUGAGAUCAAUCUUCUGAAGAAUAGACCCCCAGUUGAGGCCACCCCUCGUCAAGUUCUCCCCCCACCCCCAACAAAAGCUGAUACUCCCUGGCUCUUACAGAGACCCUACGUAGAAGUGGAGCCAAUGGCACCCUAUGAUCAGUAUGCUGGUUUUGUCAUUUUCUAUGACCUUGUCCUAAACCUGGACCCCAGGGUAACAGCCUGUAGAUUAAUUGUGGGCCUUCAUGGAGUGUCCGCUCAAAUGGGUGAGCCCACUCUGAUGCCCACUGUGUACACAGAGCCCGUAACCCGAGGAGGUGCCUACAUGUCAAACAACUCCAACGCAAUCAUAGGGGCCAGGCAACCUGUUCCGAAAUGUCCAGCAGACUCUGACCUGGGUAUUGUGGUAGAAUUGCAAACGUCUGGGGGACCUGCAUCAGACUACGAUAAACACAGUCUCAUUACACGAGCCUGGACCAAACUUCCUUUGUUUGAUGGCAAAGGACAACUUAUUGCCGGAAAGUUCCGCAUUCCAUUUAGAAAUGUUCCAAUCAAACCGUAUCUCCAUCCUAGUCAGCUCCAAAACCUUGAAAAGUUCCAGGAUGCUGAGCUGUACUACCGAGUGGUAAACAUGCGGGACAUGGAAGUCCAGUCUCUAGUGAACAUCUCGGCAGCAAAUUACAACCAGUAUCGGGCUCCUGUUAUUCCCCCACCGUCUCAGGCCAAACCUCCCUCGCCUCGCGUCCCUCCCACUGCAUCCACAGGGCUAGGAAGCUUUCAUAGUCACGAUCCUGUUUCUCUGCACAAACCUCCACCUCCUACUUCACCCCCGCAAGACUGGUUAUCUCCCCCUGAAUCCCCGAGAUCCAGAGGCCCUGAUCUCGACCAUUACGAUCACACCUAUCGUACACCAGUCCCUACUCCUCCUGCUGCUGUACCUGUUGCACCUGCACCUAUUGCACCUCGCACUGCACGCCGGGUUCUCCCCAUCCCUCCAUCUGAGGAGGGUGAGGAGGAACACCCCAGCCGCCAGGAACAGCGAUUACCCAGUAUCCAAACUGGCCGGGUCCAGCCACAGGAUACAACAAUAGGAUUCCAGGUUGACCGCGUCAAGCAUGCGGAGGGAGGGGAGGGGAAAGUCCGCCUUACGGCUUACUACGCCUCCACUGGAAAGCUUGUACAGUCAUCCAUUAGUCCUGUUACCUGCAGUACAACUGCAGUCAAAUCAAACUUUAAGCAAAACUACCACGUGUUUGGACAACAGGAAGCCACAUUUAAUGAUGUAGACUUGCAAGGUGAUAUGGUUCUUAUUGCACGCUUUUACCUGCGGAAAAGGCAGAGUGAACCGUCCGGCUUUGAAGCGGACCAAGGAAAUGAAGCCACAUUGUAUGACGAGGAAACUCUGAUUGCAUGGACUGCCAUUCCCUUAGUGCUGUGUACAGAAAAUCUGAGUGUUAGAGGGAGGAGAAAUUUCAACCCAAAGACAAUGCAGAUAAACACAGGCACCCACACGCUGAGGCUGUACACGCCCCCAGUCCCUGACCCAGGCCAGGUCCCUCUGGAGGAAAUCCAAGGAAACCACGACUGGAGAAGGUACGGGAAGGCCACCCUCAGAAUACACAUCUUCCAGGGGAAUCCCCGCCCGGGCUCCCUUACCCCCAGUGACAUGUCAGAGGACGGGGAGGACGUCCUCCCGGAGUAUUCCUGGCUCCCGUUUGAACGAAGCAAGCCCUGUAGGGACCCCUUCCUGUCCGGGGAUGGGUUUGAUGUCUAUGUGGACGGUUGCAGAUAUCUUCCAGAUUCUGUCACUUUUAGCAAGGUGGCAGGGCGAGUGCUGGACAGGAAGUAUGAGGUACAUGGGAAGGAUAUAAAUGCCACCGUUAACCUGGACAGUGACAUAUAUAACCCAGUCUAUGAGACCAAAACAGAGUUCAGAGAAAACAACAUUCCACCCUCCUCGACCAUCAUGUUCAAGGUGUACACUGUGGACAACUUCUACAAACAGCUGACUGUGAUUGGGUAUGCCACCCUGAAUGUGUUUGUGGAAUCUGGUACAGAGAGACAACCUAACAUAGAUAAACCAGGGCUUCAGGUGUCCCUCAAUGAAGGAGCCCACCAGCUGAGGUUGUACAGCCAGGGACCCAAUGGGGUUGACCCUCUCACUGAGUCUGUGAUCAGGGAUUCAGGGGUCAGAUACGUGCCCUGUGCUUCCCUCCUAGUGAGGUUGACUAGAGUAGCCAAGGGGCCAUCAGGAAAAGCUCUUGAGCAAAGUAAAGUUCCUCAAGCUGAUUGGUUAAGACUCGGCUUGUACCAGCCCAGACCUAGAUACACAGACAGGAUUUAUUUCUCCACAAAAUGUAUGCCGUCUAAAGGAGAGAGUAAGUUGUUCCACUCCAUGAUGAGGAGACCGGCCAUUAAAGUUCGAGAUGCAGUGGCCAAGAUCGCCCAGGCCAAGGAGAGCUUUUACCGUAGUGACAAGAACCUGGAGGAAUACAUCAGGAACAAACUUACCAAGGGGGACAACAAACCUCUGGAUAUUGAUUUGACUUUUAUAUGUCAGUACAAUCCUAAACAGGGAAUAAAGGUUGCUGUUGAUGGUGCUACAAAUUUACCGUGGACAAACUUUACUCAUGCUCACAUUUGUCUCAAUCCACCAGCAGCUUUCUACAUGGGUGCUCCACAUGCUACUUAUGACAAGUUGGUGUUUACAGAGUUUCUGGAUCUAAAAUCCACCAACACAUCUCCACAGUGGAGAGAUGGAUUUAAGCACUUCCCGUCCAGAUCUUAUCAUCGCUUCCUGACUGUCAUCAUCCACCUACAGGAAGUCCAGGUCUCAGUGGCCAAAGAGAACUAUAAAUAUGGCUUACUGGAACAGGCAUGGACUGCUCUCCAGGUGUUCACCGACCACUACUGCUACACCUCCACGUUCCAGCUCCCACUGUACGAUGGAUCCCCCUCCCCUCAGAUGCUCAAACAAUUGGCCAGAGAACCCUGUAAAGACUGGAUGGAGAGAAACAUCCGCAGUGGAACAAUUCAUUUAUUGGAGGGAGGAUCUGUGUAUGUCCGUCUAGCAGAUGGUAGAAGAGAUGAUGAAUUGGCAGGAGAUGCUCCCGGUGACAAGCUGCUUGAGGUAAACACUGACUACAUUCCCCCGGAGUGGGAGGAUAAGUACGCCAGGGAGCGACCAGGAAAACCUUUGGAGUCCAUGGUUCCCACUGGAAAAACAGCUGAACAAUUUGUUGAUGGACUGGCCAUCAAAUUCAAGAAUUUGGUCUACAAACUCUAUGAGGAAGGAAAUGUGAAAUAAAGUCGACCAUCCAUAGAUUUUAUGGUGUGCUUUUUCUGACAGGAGUGAAGCGUGCAACAAGAAUUCUCACUAGUGCAUUAUGUGUAUGUGUAGUUGUGAUCAAUAAUCACAGAUAUUUUUAAUCUUAUCAUGUACUGUACAAGCUUUCCAGUGCCAAUUUUAAAUACGUGCAUAUAAUUAUUUUAGAUGCCCGGUUUUUACAUGUACAUUUAAAAACUCUUUUAUGUAUAUAUUACCUGCAAUUGUUACUACAGUUCUGAUGAACUAUGCUUGUAUAUUAUUUAUUGAAUAACCUAUUCAUUAACAGAUGUUGCCAAUAUGCUUAAAUUAAUACAUGCAUGUUCUUAUACCAUGACAAUGAAAUUUUCAUCUUGUAUAGCAAUGUUUAUGUGUUAUGAUUUAUUAUAUAAAUGAUAUAUUUUUAUGUUCAUUGUUUAACCCAUAAUUUAUUGACAAACAAUGUACAUAAAAGAGACGGGAGUCUUUUAAGUGAAAUUUUGUAAUUAUUCUUGAACUUAGCAUAGUGAAGACAAAAAUUAGUUAUGUUUACUUAUUACCCACGUUCUGCUCUGUUGAUAUACAGAAUGUUCAUGUUCUUUUAGUAAGCACCAUCACUGCUUCUCCCUAGCAUACUGAUGUUUAUUGAUGGUAUUCUAGUUGUUCAUCAAUAGAGAGAGUUUAUUUAAAGCAUUUGUACAUAUUAUUUCAUCAUUUUUAAUUUAUUAAUCAUCAGUAGAUUUUUUUAAGUAAAGUUCAUUAGAUGUGUUCUGCAAACUUGGGUCUCAUAUGAAUGUCCUUCUGAGUUAUAGGAUAAACCACUGACGUUAAGUGGUAAAGAGAGGCCAAGAUUGCAUUGUUAUAUUAUUUAUUUCAUGCACUGCUAAUAUAUAUUUAUAAACAGACUGUGAUACUAAACAAUUGACUAUUUAUAUGUACAAACAAAUGCUAUCGAUUAAACUUGGAAGAAACAUA